CGGGCAGAGAGGUAACACCACACGGUCCAAAAAUCCAAAAUAGGAUGGAUUUGAGCCCAUGCCAAUUAUUACUGUACGGUAUUUCGGUCUCAAUCACCCCUCCUUAGCCUGUCGACCCCCGCUUUCUCAGCACACUUAUAUAUACCCUGCAUCCAAUGCAAGGAUAACAUCCGCAUUUCUUCAUAAUCUUGUUUCAAAUACCUUGACUUCCACGCAAAUCAUCAUGUCCGUCAUCUCCACGCCAAUCACCAAACUCUUCGGUAUCAAACAUCCCAUUCUCCUCGCGGGGAUGAACGUCGCUGCAGGACCCGAGCUUGCGGCUGCCGUAUCUAAUGCCGGUGGUCUCGGUGUGAUUGGCGGUCUUGGUUAUACACCCAAACAUCUUCGAGGGGUUAUCAAAGAUUUGAAAGCCAGCCUUAAAUCACCGGAUCUACCUUUCGGAGUGGAUCUCCUUAUCCCAUCUUUGGGACCUUCAGCCCGUAAAACCAACUAUGAUUAUACCAAAGGCCAGCUUAAUGAUCUCAUUGAUGUCAUCAUUGAGGAAAAGGCCAAGCUCUUUGUCUGUGCUGUUGGAGUGCCACCCAAAGAGGCUGUCGAGAAACUGCACGCCGCUGGUAUCUAUGUGAUGAACAUGGUCGGGCACCCCAAGCAUGUCACCAAGGCCCUUGCCCAAGGUGUAGAUAUCAUUUGUGCACAAGGAGGAGAGGGCGGCGGCCACACUGGCAGAACCACAUUCUCAAUCCUCAUUCCCGCUUGUGUCGACAUUUGCAAAGGCAAAAAGUCUCCUCUCACCGGCCAGCCCGUCCACGUGAUUGCUGCAGGUGGCAUCUACGACGGCCGCGGUCUUGCAGCAUCACUCAUGUACGGUGCACAAGCUGUCUGGGUCGGCACUCGGUUCGUUGCUAGUACAGAAGCUGCGGCGCCCAAGAAACACAAGGAGCUCAUUUUGUCAGCCGAUCAUGGCGAUGCUGACACGACUCUAAUCUACACGGGUCGCCCUUUGCGAGUGAGGCAAACAGAUUAUGUAAAAUCGUGGACCAACAGGCAGGAUGAAAUAUUGCAACUCACCAAGCAAGGAAAAAUUCCUCACGACCUUGAGCUGCAGAAGCAUCCCGAGAAGAGUCUCGAAAGUCGCCCCUGGCUCAUGGGAGAUGUCAGUGCUUUGAUUCAUGAUGUGAAGCCAGCAAAGGAGAUCAUAGAUGAAAUGGUCAGCACCGCAAAGCAAUGCCUCGAACACGGCUAUACCUCAGUAUCUGGCGGACGAGGUCCUUCCAAGGCCAAGCUUUAGGUCUGGAUUUUUAUUAUUUACUCUACUACGAUUCCAGAGCAUUACUAUGGAUUGUUAAAAGAAGCCUAUUCAAAUUGACUUGUACUAUCUUGUUAUGAAUGAAAUGAGUUU